AUGGAGCCCUUAUAUGAGGAAUACCUAGCCAAUCGUGGAACCAUAGUAAAACCUUAUUACUGGCUGAGAUUCUCUCUCGAUUGCUCUAAUUGUCCUUACCGUAUUCGGAUGGGUGAAGAAGCAAGAGUUCCCUACACAGAAUUUUAUCAUUUUGGAUUCCCUUAUGGACCCACAUAUCCUCAAACAAAACACCUCACAUUCUAUGAACUAAAAACUUCUUCUGGAAGCCUGGUGCAAAAGGGCCACGCUAGCAGUUUCACUGGGAAUGAUACCCAUCCGGAAUCAAUGUUAUUUGAGAUGAAUGGUUACUUUGACUCUGCCAUACACAAUAACGACGGCAUCAGGCCAGCAACUCCCCCUUGCAAUGAAGCUAACCACUGCUGCAUCAGCAAAAUGUAUAAUUCCCUGGUAAUGUAUCCAGACGUCACUCUUAGUAUUUACUUUUCUCAGCUCUAUCAUACUGAGGCUGAAUUUCCUGCCUCGGCGUGGAACCGCGAAGCUCUGCGGAGCCUGGCCAGUUUAUGGCCGCAGGUCACUUUGAGCCCAAUAAGUGGUGGGAUUUGGCAUUCUCUCCUCAACAACUUUGUGAGUGGUAUGUUGGGAGUGACUGUUUUCCAGCCCGUUUUAACCGGGAGAGCACUGGCAGACAGGCACAAUGCAUAGGAAAUCAAUGCCAUACCAGGGGUGAAACCCUAUUUCACCAAUAUUCUUGCCCAGGCAAAAGAGAAUCAGAACAUAAAAGCUCAGGCAGCUUUAGAGGGCUACCACUUAAACAAUGUCUUUCCCAGACCUUUUCAAGUGACAAGUGGACAACUGCAACCCAAUCUGACCCUAGACCCCAGGGUUCCUGUCAUUUUCGUACUGGUUCCUUUCAGAAACCUACCACCAAUCCAUGUAGGACAAAACCUACAUAAACCCAGGAAUAUCGUAAAGCACUUAAAUAUGCCUCAAAUAUCAUUCCAGGAAACCAAUGAUCUCAGAAUGCCUCCCAUUGUAAUGCCAGUGGAGAGAGUAGAAAUCACGGAACAGUUUGCUAGUAGCAAAGAGGCAGAUGAAAAGAAGAAGAAGAAAGGGAAAAAUUAA